AUGGACCACAGACUCAUCUCCACCAUCCUAGCUCUGCUGCUGAGCCUCUCACAGGCACAUCACCUCGUGGAUCUUGACAGGGAAGGGAGUGACUCUCCACUAACUUCUAUCCAAACAGAGGAUCCUGAAGAUGUGGAUAUCACUACAAACAUUCUACAGUCCAACAAUGGAUCCAGUGAGAUGCUGAUGGAGGGAGACCUGGUUGUAUCAAACACCAGAAAUGCCAUAAAGUGUCGGAAUAACCGAUGUUUAUGGAAGAAAUCCUCAAAUGGACUUGUUGAAGUGCCUUACACUAUGAGCAAUCGAUUCUCAUGUUAUCAGAAGAAGAGGAUUGAAAAUGCCAUGAAGACCUUCAACACAGAAACCUGCAUUCGCUUUGUUCCCCAGUCAUAUCAGACAGACUUCAUCAGUAUUGAGAGCAGAGAUGGCUGUUAUUCCUAUCUUGGAAGAUCUGGUGGCAAGCAGGUAGUGUCUCUGGCCAGGUAUGGUUGUGUUUACCACGGUAUCAUUCAGCAUGAGCUGAACCAUGCACUGGGCUUCUAUCAUGAGCACACAAGGAGCGACCGGGACCAAUACGUCAAGAUCAACUGGGAGAAUGUAGCACCACGGACCAUCUUCAACUUUCAGAAACAAAAUACUAAUAAUCUGAAUACGCCAUAUGAAUACACUUCUAUCAUGCAUUAUGGAAGAACUGCAUUCUCAACCAACAAACUGGACACUAUAACUCCUAUACCUGACCCAAACAAAUCUAUUGGACAGAGGUCAAAUCUGUCCAAGGGGGACAUUCUCAGGAUCAAUAAGUUGUACAGCUGCAAUUUUACAGAAAAGGAAUGCUAGAAGAUAAAACAUCCCAGAUCCUAGGAGCAGAAUCAAUCAAUCAAGAUAUCAAUCAAGAUAUUCCAGUCAGAUGAAAUGCAGAACAAUCCCUUUUGUG